CUUAUUUAUUUCUUUUUUAAAAAUUUUAGCUGUUUGUGAUAGACCUGCAUCUUUUAAAAAUUGAAGAACUAAAGAGUAAAGCUCUGUUGGGAUAUUGGCAUCAGAAUUUGACGACAUUUAGACGCGUUUUUUUAUUUUCUAGGAGUAAAAAUAAACUGAAAAAAAUUUUUUUUUUUUUUAUCCAUCAAAAAAAGAACACCUGAUAACUUGAUUGCAGAUCAAAAUUAAAUACAAAAAUGUACUGCAACAAAUUAUUCAAGUGUAAAGCGUUAAUUAAGCAUGGUAACUUCAACUGCAAUAAAGAAUAGCAAAACACCUAAACGAAAUACUACUCAUCGUAUAGCUCUCGGAGAAAUUACACCUAACAACUUGGGUCAAUUAAAAAAAUUAAAUACUGUCCUUUUUCCUGUUCAUUAUAGCGAAAAAUUUUAUAAAGAUGUAUUGGAAGUUGGCGAAUUCGCUAAAUUCGCUUAUUUCAAUGAUUGUUGUAUUGGAGCCGUUUGUUGUCGUAAAGAACAAAUAAAGGAAACAAAUCAAGGUACAACAUCCGAUCAAGCAAAGCUAUAUAUUAUGACAUUGGGUGUUUUGGCUCCUUAUCGUAACCUUGGAAUAGGUACAAAAUUGUUAACGCAUAUUUUACAACAUGCCACAUUAACUACACAACACCCAAAAUUCGUCGAAAUUUAUCUUCAUGUGCAAACAUCAAAUGAAGAAGCUUUGGCCUUUUAUAAAAAGUAUGAUUUUGAAAUUGUUGCCACGGUGGAAGGAUACUAUAAGAAAAUAUCACCACCUGACGCGUAUGUUUUGAGCAGGAAAUUGUAAUUUUAGUUACAAAUUCAGUUUUUUUAAUAUUAAUUGUGAAUAAUUAAAACUAUAUUACAAAGAAUUCAUGAUUC